UUCCUCUGAAAACCAUAAGUAAUCAAUCAUGCUUUGGGUGGCUCUGUUGGCUCUGUAGUACCCACGUCAGCCAAAAAAACAUCUUCUUCUGGUGUGUUCACAGCUCGCUAGAACACAUUCAUUUGCCCACUGAAGAUCAAAGAUGGCUAAUGGGGCAGGAAUGAUGAGCUUGACAAAUGGGAAGCUGAUGGUGUCGGGCCAAUGCGUGCUGUCCGACGUUCACGACAAUGUUUCCUUGUCUUCUGUAGUCUCUGACGAUGAUGUUCCGUGUGAUGGGGCUUUCAUUGGGGUCAAAUCUGAUCACAAGGGCAGUCUCAGGGUCUUCCCUGUUGGAAAGCUUCUUGGUUUACGUUUCAUGAGUCUUUACCGCUUCAAGACGUGGUGGAUGACGCAGUGGAUGGGCACCUGUGGCCGUGACAUCCCCUUUGAAACCCAAUUUCUGUUGGUCGAGGUCCGCAACAGCUUGUGCUUGGACAAUGCAAGAACAGGAAGUGAUGGACUAGAGAAACAAGAAAUGUACGUUGUCUUCCUACCGCUCCUUGAAGAGGAUUUCAGAGCCGUUCUUCAAGGGAACGAACAAAACGAGAUGGUCGUCUGCUUGGAAAGUGGUGAUCCUUCUGUUGAUACUUUCAACGGAAGUCAUUUAGUAUUUGCAGCAUCCGGAUCAAACCCUUUUGAUGUUGUUACUUAUGCAGUGAAGGCCGUCGAAAAAUACCAGAAGACAUUCUGUCAUCUUGACAGGAAAAAGAUCCCGGAUAACAUAAAUUGGUUUGGCUGGUGCACAUGGGAUGCCUUCUAUACCGACAUCACAGAAGAAGGCCUGAAGCUCGGAUUAGAGAGCUUCAAGAAAGGCGGGAUCACUCCGAAGUUCCUUAUAAUCGAUGAUGGAUGGCAAUCAGUUGCGAUGGAUCCCGCAGGCGUUGAAUCAAAAGCUGAGGACACUGCCAACUUCGCAGACAGAUUGGUAGACAUCAGAGAGAACCACAAGUUUCAAAAGCAUCGCCAGGAAGGGCAUGCGGAGAAAGAACUGGGCUGUGGACUCCAGCGCGUCGUUGCCGAAAUAAAAGAGCAAUAUGGUCUAAAGUAUGUCUAUGCGUGGCAUGCUAUAACCGGGUACUGGGGUGGUGUAAAACCGAAUGCCCCUGUGAUGGAACGCUACGGAGCCAAUUUGGUGUAUCCGAUAUCUUCUCCUGGUGUUCAAGCAAAUGGUGUUUGUCAUGUGCUUAAAAGCAUUAUGACGAACGGAGUUGGCCUGGUGAAGCCAGAGAAGGCUUAUGAGUUCUACAAUGAUCUUCACUCGUAUCUCGCAUCGACUGGUGUUGAUGGAGUCAAAGUGGAUGCUCAGACCAUCCUUGAAACUCUCGGGAAAGGUCAUGGCGGACGAGUGAAUCUGGCUAGAAAGUAUCAUGAAGCACUAGAAGCGUCUGUUGGCCGUAAUUUCUCAGACAAUCACAUCAUUUCUUGUAUGAGCCAUAACACAGACACUUUAUACAGUGGGAAGAAAACGGCUAUAAUGAGAGCAUCGGAUGAUUUUUUCCCGAGAGAUCCUGCAUCACACACAAUUCACGUCGCAUCAGUUGCAUAUAACUCCACUUUUAUUGGGGAAUUCAUGCAGCCAGACUGGGAUAUGUUCCAUAGCCAACAUCCAAUGGCCGAAUAUCACGGAGCAGCACGUGCAGUCGGUGGAUGUGCCGUUUAUGUUAGUGACAAGCCCGACUGUCAUGACUUCAAUCUACUCAAGAAACUCUCGCUUCCCGACGGUUCUGUUCUAAGGGCAAAGUUACCGGGGAGGCCAACAAAGGAUUGCUUGUUUUCUGACCCUGUUAGAGAUAAGAAAAGCCUUUUGAAGAUAUGGAACUUGAAUAGCUUCUCCGGAGUGAUUGGUGUGUUCAACUGUCAAGGAGCCAGUUGGUGUCGAGUCGCCAAAAAGCCACUUAUCCACGAUGAACACGUAGAGACUAUCACUGGUUCUAUUACUGCAAAAGACGUGGACUACCUGCCACGAGUUGCGGAUGAUGGAUGGAGCGGCGAUACUAUAAUGUAUUCGCACCGUGGAGGAGAGGUGGUUUACCUUCCGAAGAAUUCAUCCUAUCCAAUGGCGCUGAAUUCUCGAGAAUACGAGGUUUUCACUGUCGUUCCAGUUAAAAGCUUGUCGAACGGAGCAAAAUUCGCUCCCAUAGGACUCCUUGAGAUGUUUAACUCCGGGGGAGCGAUCACUGAUUUGAAGCAUGAACUCGAUGAACCUAUGACUAUCUCCAUGAGAGUUCGAGGAUGCGGCGUGUUUGGAGCCUAUUCAUUGCCUCAUCCUAAGAGGAUAUUGGUCGAGUCCCGGGAAGUGGCAUUCGAAUAUAGACAAGGAAGUGGUCUGGUGACCUUUGCUCUUGAAGUUCCAGAGGAAGAUUUGUACCUUUGGAGCAUUAUCAUCAAGUUCUAAGCUUUAAGGAACAAGUUCUCGACUGCACUGAAAUGAUUCCUUAUUAUAUGAGUUCAAUCUGUAGUGAUCACGGAGACCUUCAACCUCAUGAUGAUCGAUCACAGUUGAAAAGCCCAGACAAUCAAGAUUGCCCCACCACUUUUAAACUUU